GUAUAACAGACCGUUGCUAUGUAUAACAGACUGUUGCUGAAAUAAUACUUUAAAAAAAUACAUUAAAUACUUAAAAAAAAAAAAAAUACAGAAAUCGUGGCAUGUUCUGAAAUUAAAAGAAAUAUUUCCUUUAUUGAUGUUAAAACUGACUGCUUUGAAAUUUAGGAAUUUCAGUUAAUUCUUAAUUCUGAAAAAUGACAUUAAACUGAAAUUAUAUGAAAAUCAAAUUACAUUUCAUUCAGAUUCUGAAAUAAAUAAUUAAAGUUUUUAUUAUGAAAAAUUGAGUCGUAAAGCCUUUAACCGAUAUCUUACUCUUUCUCAUUUUAAAACCUAUUUAAUCUUGGCACCAUUCAGCUUCCGUAGCUUUUGAAAUGAUCAGCUGUUUAUGAUAAAUUAUUGAUUUGUUUUCAGUGUUUCUGAUCACUUCUGACACGAUCAAUAAACAUCUAGAAUCACAGAACACAAAACCUAUUUUCCUCACCAUCUAUAAAUGUAUUGAUCGAUGGAGUGCUGAUUGUUAACUGGAUGUUAUUGAUCAGUAUGAUGUUUAGUUUGAUUUAUUGAUUACAGACGAAAGGAGAUACUGUUUAGCUCUCUGAUCAAUAAACUCACUGAUGAAGAGUUAUUGAUCCUUUUCUUUAAGAACUUUACUAAAAACAAAUUAUUUAGGAAAUUUGGGGGAGGCUUUUAUUUUGAAGAACAACUUCCGGUUUGAAUCGGAAUCCACCCCACCACAAUAAAAGUUUCCUCCCUCCCUCCCUCCUCUGUCACACUGCGGACUGUCGCUGUCGCGAUGCGUUCAGGGUCCGGUACGAGCCGCGCCAGAGUAGCAUCAAGAAAUAGACAUAUUUUAAUCUGAAACAGCUUUAUUUGGUGUUUUACUCUUCUGAAUACCGACAAUUGUAUGAUUUUGGACUAAAGGAGACCUUUGUGGAGAAUUCGGCUCUAAGUAAAAAGAGAUUUAAGCACCCGGAACCGAGAGAAGGUGACCGCCGAACUGCGCCAGAAAAACACCCGUUUUUAACGUCAAACACGUUUAUUCGGUAUUUUCUUCCACUUUGAAUCUAAAUGUCGGUUCUGUUGGACUAAAGGAGACCGUUGUGGAGAAUUCGGCUCUAAGUAAUAAUCUCCCCAUUGAUGGGAACUUGAGGUACUGGCAGGAAGGAAGAGGAUCCCGAACCGAGAGAAGGUGACCGCCGAACUGCAUCAGAAAAACACCCAUUUUUAAUCACAAACACGUUUAUUUUGUAUUUUCUCCCACUUUGAAUCUAAAUGUCGGUUCUGUUGGACUAAAGGACACCUUUGUGGAGAAUUCGGCUCCAAGUAAUAAGAGAUUUAAGCACCCUGAACUGAGGUACUGGCAGAAAGGAAGCUGAUCCCGAAUCGAGUGAAAGUGACCGCCGAACUGCUCCAGAAAAACACAUAUUUUUAACGUCAAACACGUUUAUUUUGUAUUUUCUCCCACUUUGACUCUAAAUGUCGGUUCUGUUGGACUAAAGGAGACCUUUGUGGAGAAUUCGGCUCCAGGUAAUAAUCUCCCCAUUGAUGUGAACUUGAGGUACAGGCAGGAAAGAACCGAGAGAAAGUGAGCUAGCAGAAGAAAAGCAGCUUAGUUUGAAUCUUAAACCGGUUUAUUUCCUAUUGACUCUGGUGUGGAGUUCCGGCUCCGUAUGUUUGGGACUAGAGGAGACCUCUGUGGAGAAUUCGGCUCCAGGUAGAACCCUCCUGCUCGAUGGGGACUCCGGCACCGGGACCGGGACCGGGACGGAAGAGGAUCCCGAACCGGGAGAAGAUGACCGCAGAGGACCAGGCUCUCAACCAGAUCGCACGGGAGGCGGAGGCGAGGCUGGCGGCGAAGCGAGCAGCGAGAGCCGAAGCUCGAGAGAUCAGGAUGAAGGAGCUGGAGAGACAACAGAAGGAGCUGUUUCACAGCCACAAGAAGUAUUAUGGUCUGGAUAAUAAGUGGGGUCACAUUGAACAGUGGAUGGAGGACAACGAGCGUUAUUCUCGCCACUCACGGAGACACGCUUCGAUGUCAGAUGACGAGGAGAGGAUGUCUGUGGGGAGUCGAGGCAGCCUCAGGCCGUCAGACUACAGCGGCCUCUUUGGUUCCAGCUCUCGGGCCUCUUCCAGGACCAGUUCAGCUCGGGCCAGCCCCGUGGUGGAGGAGAGACCUGACAGAGACUUCCUGGAGAAAGGCUCCAGGACCACCUCCACGCUCUCCGCCGCCACGCUGGCGUCGCUGGGCGGCGCCUCGUCUCGCAGAGGAAGCUGUGACACGUCGUUCUCCGUGGAGACGGAGGCGUCCAUCAGGGACAUGAAGGACUCUCUGGCGGAGGCGGAGGAGAAGUACCGUAAAGCGAUGGUUUCUAACGCUCAGCUUCACAACGAGAAGUCCACUCUGAUGUAUCAGGUGGAAACUCUGAAGGAGGAGCUGAGCGACAUGGAGGAGCUGCUCUGGGAGUCCCGGCGCCACGGAGACGACCGCACCAAGGAGUUGGAGCGACAGCGUCAGGAGAACGGCGUCCUCCGGUUCCAGUUUAAAGAGACGGAAGAAACUCUGAGACACACUGAGGAGCUGCUGACGGAGGUGUCAGACCUCCGUCUGAAGAGCAGCAGUUAUAUCCAGGAGGUGUCAGACCUCCAGGAGGUGCUGCAGUGGAAAGAGAAGAAGAUGGCGGCGUUAGAGAGGCAGAGAGAAAUGUCCGACAUCAUUCGGAUCGAACGCGACCGGCUCAGAGACGACGUCGUCCGACUGAGAGAUUUACUGAAGAAGCACGGCGUCGUCGUGUCUCCUGAGGUGUCCACCAACGGGGAGACGGGACGGGGCGAGGCCGACGACGAUGUCGACGCACAAUCUGCCUCCCGAUUGGCUGAGGAGCCGUCACAUGGUGGAAGAGAGAGCAUGCUGGGGACAGUUCGAGAGCGACAGCCACCAGAGGGCAUCAAACUCCCGCAGGACGACAUGAAGUACAACCGCUGUCGGAUUUAUAAACGUUCCCGGUCACUAAACGUCAUUUCUACCAGCGACCAAACCAAACCAGACGCGUUAAAACCAGUGAAGGGGUUUGAUCAACAGACCAGGGACAGAAUGGGAAAACAUCCGGGUCGACACGAGGACGCAAGGAAACUACCAAGAAACAAAGGAAGUGAAAAGGAUCCGACCAAGAAACAAGAGGGAAAUUCUUUGUUUAGAAAUGAAGGAAUUGAAAAACAACAGAUGAAAAGUGCUGCUCAGAUGUGUGCGCCGAAAUCUGCCGUCACCGGAUUAAUUGUUGAUGGUCAAGCCUUUAAAAGAAGAACCAAACCUCACAGUGAAUCUGUAGCGUCGAACCGGGAUGUCCUUGUGACGGAAAUGGAGCGCUACUUUGACGGCAAGAUUCAAACCAAUCUGGGAGGAACUCAACCGUUCGUACAUCCGUCUGAAAGUCAGGCAAACUGUGUGGAUUUGGUUUCACCGGUUCGCAGAGCUUCAACUGGAAAAGUCCACAAAUCAAGACUUGUUCCACCUCGACCCGUAAAAGACAUCAUCCUGGACAACAAGGCGAUGGUGUCGAGUAUCAUGGCUGCUGGCAGACUGAACCAAGAGAAACAAAAACAACACAUCGCAGUUGUGAUGGGAAAUCCAUCUUCUGACAGGGAUGUUGCGCGAAAUUGUUCGUCUGCUGUUGAUCAAAUUUAUCAGAAUCAAGAGAGAGAUGGAAACACCUACAGCGAUGUAAAGUGUUCAGAAGGAGAAGUGGUAUCUGAUAUUCCAGCUUUGGGUGCAAAGGAAGAUAGAAUAAAUGAGUUCAGUACUCCGACAUACGUGGACAGUUGGAAAGAAAAUGAAUUUGUCGAUAAGUUGGCUGAGAUUGUUGGUGACGAGUGUGAUGGAAGUUUUGAAGAUGAAGAUACAAACGUUCUCAUGGAUUUGGUAGAACAUGAGACGGUUGCAUCGAUGGGUAAGCCCCCUCAAAGUGCCACAGUUUCAGAGAAUUGGGGAAGUAACCGAAAUGAAGACAAAGCCUUAAAGAACAAUGGGGAUUUAAGUUGUUCUGGUGUAUCUGAAGGUCCAAGCUCUGAAACCAAACUCAAACCAUCAGGGCUUGAUGCAUUUCUACCAGCAGAGGGCGCAAUCAUUGGGAGAAAGUCGGGUACGCUCGAGAACUGGAGGAUUAAUGAUGAGGAACCAGUUAGAGAAGCUGCUCAGAUUCAGGAAAAGACUCAAGACAAUCCCUCUGAACAUCCCGAAAGCAAGGACCAGACAGAAACACCAAAGUCACCAGCUCCGUUUGUCCCAUUCGAGACAUUGGUAUCGAUGGGUAAGACCUCCCAAAGUCUUGAGCUCCAACAACAGACGGUUUCAGAGAAUUGGGGAAGUACCCGAAAUGAAGACACCGUGGAACCGGUUAGAGACGCUGUUCAGAUUCAGGAAAAGACUCAAGACAACAAUGACCAGACAGAAACACCAAAGUCACCAGCUCCGUUUGUCCCAGUCGAGACGUGGAAGGACUGGAGUUGUUUGGAAAAGACGAUUCAAAGCAUGCUGAGAGGGUUUGUCGAAAAUCAGGGCUUUGCGACUGAAAUCUCAAGAAUUUCACCAGAGGUCCCAGAAUCUCUUCAUCGGUGGAUUUCAGAUUUUGAGAAGACGUUAAAGAACGUGGCGGAAAAUGUGUCGAAUCAGCGUGAUACAGUCGACCAAGAAUCAACAGGCAUUAAACUCACGGCGGAGGGGGAACUGCCUUUGAAGGACAUACCGGACGAACCUGAAAGGGAGGAACCGAGUACUGCUGGACAUUCGGAGAUCAUAAAAGACUGUUCAGUCUCAGAGAUGUUGGAGAUACAUCCUCAAACUUAUGUCUCCUUGGACUCAAGGACUCCUCCAGCAAGUGAUGACCAAGAAGCAACAGAAAGUACCUCAGGGGGCAUGCCUAGCAUAUGUAAUUAUAGGGUGAAAGUCACUGAAUCCUCUCAAGAAGAAGGACGGCGAAGUCAGGGCGAUCCAACGGUGACGAGCUGGUCUGAGGAAUUUGUUUUUGUUGAAUUUUACUUUGCUGAACCUGCCAGAACCAAUCGUGUCCCUGCUGCUGAAGAAGUUUUUGAGACACAACUCAAAAGGCAUCGAACGUUAGCAACAAACUCUCAAAGCUCAAAGGUCAGAAGGCUUAUAGAAAUAACAGAUGAAAUCAAGGCGAUGGCUGUUCCUGAACUGUUGUUUAUGAGCCUACAAGAAGGGAGAGUCAUUGAGGACGAACGUAUCGACGAGUCAUCGGGGUCGAUUAGUGAGGAUCAGGAGGAGCUGUCGGUUGGAGACAUGGACAGCUGCGAGGAGGUUGACGAGGACGCGACUGAGGUUGUCGUUGAAGAUGUUAAAGUGGCGACCGGCGUGAAACACCUGAGUGGAAGGAGAGGAUCUGGUUCACACAAACACAAAACUGACUGCAAGAUUUCAUAGAUCAGCAAGAAUGAACUGAAGUCUGAAGUAUGGCCUGCUGUCAUAUCUGCAGAUUGUUCAUGAAGUUGUCUGUGAAAUUAAGUGUAAAACGACAAUUCGCGGUUUUACGGGGGGUUUAGUGGCGGAUUGUUUUUCAGCUGGGUCCAGUAACUUCCUGGCGUCUCUAUUGGCUCAUUUGUACCAGCGUCCUUCAUGAUGAUUUUAAUAGGGAUGCACCGAUACCACUUUGUUUCAGACAGAGUACAAAUACUUCCAUUUGGGUACUCUCCGAUACCGAGUACCGAUACGAGUACUUCUCUGUGCCUAAAGACCCUCGUUAACAGCCAGCUGGAGGGUGUGAGCGACACACGGCAGGCUGGGGAGUCCCGCAUACGAGGCGGUGCGCCGCCACCGGCUCUAGGUCGGCUUGGAAAGGCGAAGGUGGCUCGCAGCUAGAGUUAGAGUCAAAUUAGAGAACUUUAGAGAGAGAAACUUUUCUUUUUUUAAAUUAUAAAAAGUCCACGAAAUGAACCACGACGACCUUUUCUGUCUGUUUGAAGCAGUUAAGUCCUCAUUCUUGAAGUCUUUUCUUUCAUAAAAAACAAAAUGUUCUGUUUGAAAACACUUGUAAUAAAACAUAAAUCUCA